CUCUUUUUAUUCAUUCUUGACUGAUUGUAAAUAAUUUUUUUAAUAAAAUGUAAGACGAAUUCAUUAUCGAGUAUAUAGUGGACGAUUAAAAAAUAAAUUAAAUUUCAUUAAUUUGACAAAAGUCCAACCAUAAUACAAUCCACGCUCGACUCUCUUGAUGGGACCAAAAGAUAAUACAAUAUAUUCUACAUUUACUUUUAAUUUUAUUUUUUUAUAUUUUUAGCUGUUGAUAAAUAUGAAAUUUGUAUUGAAGAGUAUGAUAAGAGUGUUGCUACGAGUUAAUUAGUAGUUAGUUAUUAUUGUUAUCCAGCUGUCAAUAUCCUAUUUGUUCAUUAGUUAUUAGUUACAUUUUCUGUUAGUUAGUUACAAUGAAAUUGUAUAAGUACAUAUUAGCACUAUAAGCUAUAAUAACAACUUUUCAUCUUUUCUCAUUCAUUCAAUCAACAAUUUUGUCAUGGUAUCAGAGCAUGGAAUGCUAUUCCUGGCGAUUCUUUAGCUUCGAUUGAUAGCUGAAUUUGCAGAUCUGAAGAGGCAUCAAUGGCGAACAAAAUUGACCAUAUUCAUCCUCUGUUCUUGUCAUCUUCUGAUGUACCAGGAGCUGUUCAAGUUAGAAUUCAACUCACAGGUAUGGAGAAUUACACUUUAUGGAGCAAAGCAAUGAAAUUAACUCUGUUGACUAAGAAUAAAUUGGGAUUUGUUGAUGGAAGCAUCAAACGUGAAAAUUAUAUAGUUGAUUAUGACAAGAAAUAGUGGGAUCGAUGUAAUGCUAUGGUGCUUUCAUGGCUGAUGAGUAAUGUGAGCAAGGAUUUGGUGAGUGGAAUCGUAUUUAUCUAGUUUGGAGUGAUUUGAAGGAACGUUUUGAUAAGGUGAAUAUGUCCAGAAUUUUUCAUCUGGACAAAUCAAUUGUCACACAUACUCAAGGUACUUCCCUUGUAUCAGUUUAUUGCUCAAAGUUAAAGGAUCUAUGUGAUGAAUUUGACUUAAUUGUUCCACCUCCUUUUUGUAAUUGUGAUAGAUCUAAAGAGUAUAUUGAUGGCAUGCUUAGACAAAAGCUUUUGCAAUUUUUAAUGGGUUUGAAUGACAAUAAUAGUCAUGCUAGGAGUCAGAUUCUUAUGAUGAGUGUUCCACCUACUGUUAAUCAUUGUUAUGCUAUGAUAAUUCAAGAUGAAAGCCAAAGGGAGUUAUGUGGAGAUCACUACACUUUAGGUGGACAAUUAGAUUCUACUGCAUUAUUUUCCGGUAGAUCUGGAGGCAAUGGUUCUGGAAGUAAUAGUUUUGGAAGUAAUGAGAGUCAAGGUUAUCGAAGUCAAGGAAAUGUGAAACCUCAUAAACCACAAAGGAGUGGAUAUUUAUAUUGUGAUCAUUGUGAAAUGAAGGGUCACAGUAGAGCUGAGUGCAACAAGCUGAAAUAUUUUACUCAUUGUCAUAAGCAUGGGCAUUUGAAGGACGUUUGUUUCCAAUUAAUAGGUUAUCCUAUCAAUUACAAAGGGAAAAGAUUAGCUAACAAUGUGGCAAUAGAUUGUGGAUUUCUAGGGAAUUCAAAUGAUAACAGUUGUUUUGUUCCUUUAACACAACAAUCACAACAACAAUAUGGUUCAGGUUUUGGAGCUGGUUCAGUGCCACAGUUUACACCUGAUCAGUAUAAGCAAGUUCUUCAGAUGUUGAACAAACCAUUGAUUCAUGAAGGAAAUGCAAUGUCUACAAACAUUAAUGCCAAUGCAGCAGGUAACUUUGCAGUAAACUCUAAGUUCAAUUCCUCUAGUUUUGAUUGGAUUGUUGAUAGUGGAGCAACUGAUCAUAUGGUGGGAACUAAGAAUGUAUUGACUCAUGAAUCAACAGUGAUGAGUUCAGGACAUGUUAAACUUCCAAAUAGUGAUUCAUCUCGAUUCACACAUUCAGGUUGUUCUAAACUACAAGGAGUCGAUAUAGUUAAAAUGUUUUAUGUGUGCCAGAUUUUAACUUCAAUCUUCUUUCAGUGGUUAAACUAACUAGACAAUUGAAUUGUUGUGCUAUAUUUUAUCCUGAUUUCUUCCUUCUCCAGGAUCUUCUCACUGGGAGAGUGAAGGAGAUUGGUAAAGAUGAUGGUGGUUUAUACAUUUUGAAGUCUCCUCAACUGAUAAACACUGAACAACAUCAUAAAAUUAUUGAUACUACAGCUAUCCAAGAUUCUGAUGAGGGUGAAGUUUGGCAUAAAAGAUUAGGUCACAUCCCUAUGAAUGUUAUUAGAAAGAUAUAUAUGUUUGCUAAUAAAAGGAAGUUUCAGUUACAAUGUUGUAAUAUUUGUCCAUUGGCUAGACAAGUUCGAUUACCAUUCUCCAUUAGUAACACUAGGAGUUCAAAAUGUUUUGAUUUAGUUCAUAUGGAUGUAUGAGGACCCUACAAAGUUGCAA